CAUAGAUGCUUGCCCGCCACCACACAGCAGAGACGGCUCGUCAGACAUGACUCUGAACGGACGAACUGGCCGGCGCCGGUCGCCCGCUAUACGUUUGCUGUCUGCUGUACGCCCGUGUCAUAAUCCUGCAGUGACAUGACAUGAUCGCUGAGCAAACGUCCUGGCGUGUAUUACCGUACUCCCAUGUACGGAUGGCUCCAACCAGAAGUCUCUCCCCAUGCCGCGACCCCCUGCCGUACCUGGUUCAGGGCUCGCAAGACAGUAAUCCAGACGCAAAGUUCACCGCUGUGGCCCAUCAAUCUCGUCAGUUGUCCUCCGGAAAUCAUCCCACGAUUCCCAUCUUACUUGUCACCCCUUAAAAAAAACAUCCCACCAGCGUGGAUGGUGGCACACGGCAGCAUGCCGCGCCAAGAUGAUUAUCGCCGCCGGAGGGUCUCCCAAAGGGUACGCCCAUCAGCACCAGUUCGUUGCCUUCCGUGCAUGCACAUUCACGUCUGCCCAGCCGGCCUGCAACCUUUGCUCAACUCAUCGCAACUUCAUCCCUCCCUCUUGUUUCUCUUGACCACUCGUUCACCUCCAACUAGGUCUUGGCAAACCACACAGGCGUGCCGGCCAAUCUUUCCCGUUGCCAGGAUAGGGGAGUCUGACUCUGAACCUGGCUCGAGUCGGUGUGUGUGUGCGCGCGCGCGCGCUCACGCCCCAGGCUGCUUUCUUACUUCCGACCUUGCUUCUCCUCAUUUCUUCUCGUUAAUGAAAUGCCCAUACCACACUCGUCGCUGGGCCCUGGUCCGCAGCUUCGCAACCUAGCCCGUCCCAUCCACACUUCGUGCCCAACGCCAAGCCGCUGCCAAGCCAGAGGUAUCUUCAUCUUUCCUUACAAAUACAGCAUGGUCCAGCGCCUGGCUUGGUGGACUUGAAUCAAUUCCGUAUUGGAGCUGGCGGGAGCGCCUGUG